CAGAUUUUAUUGCCCUAUAAAAUAGAAAUAUGGAAGGUGUCGUGAAGUGUUUUGUUUUCAUGGUAUUCACAUUUCACACCAAAAAUGUUUUCUCCACUGUAUAUUUUUCUGGAGAAAAAGAAGAAACAUACCAAAAUAGUUCAGUGUAUUGUGAAAAUAUGGGAGGAAACCUCCUUGGAUAUGGAGAAUUGCUCAUUAAAACUGCAGAAACUUGUUCUUCACUGCUUGUUUGGACAGCAACUCCAUGGUAUAACCGUAAAAUUGGGUGUUUUAUUGGAGUAAAUAUAGUGAAAGAGACACAAGACGGAAAAGAAAAUAAACAUUUGGCAAUUUGUGCUGAUUUCUGUGCCGAUUCUAAUUAUACAUCUAUUGGAUUGUGGACAACAAAAUGUCAAUGUUAUGGAGAGAAAACAAUAUUUGUACAAUCACUAUGCGAGUCAACAACUUGUCCAGCAAAUGCAAAUGAAAGAUGUGCAGUUGGAGAUGCUGGAGUCAUAUAUGAAAAAGUUAAUAUGACUGGAGCGCUCUGCAGAUAUAGAUCAUUCAGGAAGCCUUCCGAAGGAGGAAUAACGCUAAAAUUUGCGCAAUGUCAAGAUUUAAAACCAUUUAUAUGUAAAGUGGGAAACACAGAAAAUAUACAAUGUUCGUUUAACAAAAUGAGUAGUUCAGCAGGGAUGUCAGCAGAAACAAAAGGUGCCAUUAUCGGCGCAGUAGUAGCUGUUGCUGUAUUGGUUUUACUAAUUUUGCUGAUAAUUAUUUUUCUAAGAUACAGGAGGAAAUCUCAGAAAGAAAUGAGUGGAUAGUACACUAAAUGUUGGUUUCAAUGUUUGAAACCUUAUGUUUUAAAUGGAUAUCACCAUCAUCUCAUAUAUACCAAGUAUAAUGAGAAAAAACGUAACAAAUUAUAUUAGUUUGCAACAGUCAUCCAUAUUCAAGAGCACUACGAGAAAGCAGAUAGAUGCAGAUAGUCAAAUGCUACAUCAUUGAAUUUUAUAUAACUAUCUUUUAUAUAUGAAUAUGAUUUAUGAACAUAAGUGUACAUAUUAUGUAUAAUUUGUACUGAAGUUGUUUAUAUCAUAUGAGCACUGUGUCAACUCUAACAAAGUAAUUCUAAAUAUUUAUGUGAAUUUCAAAGUAGAUGUGAAAUGUAUAAAGCUUUCGUUGCUGUACCUUUAUCUGAUACAAAUAGAGUAAACAAACAAAAAUUCAAUAAUACAAUCUACAUUAUUUUACCCAUUGAUUUGACUAAAAAGUAUGGGAAAACAGAAAAAAACAUCACAUUGUUACAAGUAAAAAGAUUAAUAUAACAUGCUUAAAGUAACAUUUAAAAAAAAAUCAAAUUUUAAUUUUACAUUAAAAUUUUUCUUAAAGAAAAUAUAUACAAAUAUAUAUUUUAAUUACUAUUUCAUAUUUUACAUGUAGAGCUUUAAGUUUCCUCGCUAGCUUUUUAAGUAAUAACUUUAUGUCUUGAAUCACUCUUGAUGCAUAUGAAUGGUUGGAGAUGUGGAAUGUUUGUCAAUGAGACAACAACACAACGACAAAAAUAACCAACAGUAGUCUUCAACAAAAUACAGGUGUCUAUACAAUGGUAAGCUUCCUUGUCUUUAAAGUUAGAGAAUAAGUCUAACAGACACAACACAAUUUUUUUUCCAAAUAAUAAAAAAUAGUUUAAGAUAUGAUACAAGAUAACCACUGACGAGGUUCUUAGUUUUAUAAAAGUAUAUUGUUUCAUCUGAAUGCACUUAUUUAUUUGUUCUUUUAACAUUAUACCUACACUGUUAUUGUGUACAUUUUCAAGAAAUAAAUAUCGAAACGGAAUUAGUGUAAAACGAUUCUUCCAUCUACAA